UUAAUAAUGAUUCCCGUGAUUAUUUUCAUAUAUUAGACAAUUUUUUGUCGGAAACAAGUUGUUCUGCAAAAAGUUGAUUACCAAUAUUGGUUUUAUUCGCAUUUUCCAAUCACCGGUCUACCUGUAGUUUUCCAUCGCCGCACAUCGCAGUUUGUUUCGUGUCGCGAUGGCGACGUUACUUAAUUUAUCAAGAUUUUUUAAUUAUACGGCGAAUAAUUGUCUGAGAAAAGUAACAUCGGCCAUAAUUUGCAAACAAUAUUAUCCUGCAUUAAGAUUGUGGAAAACACCAAUAGCAGAAUAUCGGACGGUUAAACCACCAUGGAUGAGGCCAAUCCUGGAUUACCAAACGGAAAUACAGGAAUGGGAUGAAGAGAGAGGCAAAAUAUGCACUGAUGUAACAAACGAAAUCAACAAUCAGAUCGCAACAGACAGUAUCGGCCGUAUGUUCGCAGUUGUCCAAAUAUGUGGAAAACAAUUUAAGAUAACAGAAUAUGACAUUAUAAUUAUUGAGGGAUUCUGGCCACCGAACAUAGGCGAUCAACUAAAACUGGAAAAAGUGUUACUGGUUGGCAGUAAAGACUUCACUCUCAUAGGCAGACCAAUUUUGAAUAGAGAAUUGGUUUCAGUUGAUGCAACAGUUAUAGAAAAGACUUUAUCCCAUACAAAAACUCGCUUUAGGUUUCGACCGAGGAAACAGUAUCGCCGUAUAAACUUCUACAGAAUACAACACACAAUGCUACGGAUUAACUCCAUAAAUAUAAACGGAAACAUCAAUGAGAAGAAAGAAGUGGAGGGAUUAGACAGAGUGUAUUACUAGUAUGACGUAUAUGUAUAUAUAAGUACGUUCUGUUUAUGUAUAUUGUGUAAGGUGUUAUUUUAUGUUUGUUUAACAUUCUGCAGACAACAAGAAUAAAAAAUAAUUAUCAUGUACAUCUUGCAUAAAACGGAACACAUUCUAUGUCAAAUUUAUGACGUUUACUUUCGCGCGCGCGCGCGUGUGUGUGUGUGUGUGAAUGUUAAUAAAUAUUUGCAACAUACGUAAAUAUAGUGUAUUAUCUGUAUAUAUUCAGAGAACAGAAGGUAAGUUAUUUAUUUUAAAUUUAGUAACAGAUUGCGUCGUGAAAACGAUUUGAUAAAGAAAUUCUGCAAAUUUUUAGAAAUGUACAAAUUAAACUUCCUG